AUGAGCUUUUCCACGGCCAUCUCCAAGGAUAGUCGUUCCCAGGAUGGGCUUCUGUCUUCCCUGAUGGCUCUGGAUCCGUACCAACUAGAGGAAUUCCAACUUUACCUCGGCGCCCUGUGACUGAUCCCCCAGGGGCUCUUCCUGUGCAUCCCCUGGGCAAACCUGAGAGCCGCUGAUCCUGUGAAUCUGUUCAUUCUGUUGAACGAGCACUUCCCCAAGGAUCAGGCAGGGAAAGCAGUCCUCGGCAUCUUCCAGAAAAUGAACCUGACUUCGCUGUGUGAGGAAGUUGGAGCAGAGAUGAAAGCUGUCCUCUCCCGUUUCGGUGUUGUUACCUUGAAUCGCCAGCAGGUGGUGCUGUCUCAGCUGCUCGCCCCGGGGGUGGGGCCGGACCGGAACAAGAUGGCUGCCCGCCUCCGAGCAGGCGACAGGAGCCCCGCGCCGGCGGCCGGACCGUCUGGACGCAGGAGCGGUGGCAGCGAUGCCCGCAGAUCUUCCCUGAAGCGAGCCACGGGGCCGCCUUGCGAGGGUGCCCGUUGGAACAACCUGGCUCUUUUGACAGUGACGUACCAGCGCAGCUGCCCCCACCGAGCUGCAUGUUGCGCAGCUUCUGACCCCAAUGGCACCACCCCCGUGCUCCGCCCUCCCCAUCCAACCGGUCUCCCCCCGGGGGACUUUUGCUGUUUCCGCGAGUUAGAAAGUCCCCCAAGGAAGCGUUUUGGCAAUGUGGAGCUCAAAACCUGCUUUCAGCAGUGGAAAAAGCAUCUCGACAGGCGGAGUGGGCAGACACAGGGACCUCAAGAGCCAAACCAAGAAGAACCAGAGGCCCUAGAAGAAGAAACAGACCACAGAAGAAAAUACAGAGAGAGAAUGAAGGCUAAAAUAUUGGUGAUAUGGGACAAAGUCUCUUGGCCCAGAGACCACAUAUAUAUCUGCAAUAUGACAGAGCAUGAACAUGAAGAACUACAGAGUCUACUGGAUCCUAACAGGACAGGAGCCUGGGCCCAGACAAUAGUCUCGGAGGGUAGGGCAGGGGUUGGGAAGACCACUCUAGUAAUGAAGGCCAUGCUGCUCUGGACAGAUGGAGUUCUCUUUCACUGUAGAUUUUUGUAUGUUUUCUAUCUUAGCUGCCAUAAAAUGAAAUACAUAGAGGAGACCACUUUUGCUGACUUGCUUUCUUGGGACUGGCCUGAAUCUCAGGUCCCCACUGAAGAGUUAAUGUCUCAAUCUGAGAGGGUCUUGUUUACUGUUGAUGGCCUUGAAGAAAUGACCAUGCCCAAGCCAUACCCUGAUGACUCAGAUAACUGUCCACGAUGUACAGACUGGCACUAGAAGCUCCUGGUGACCAAAAUCCUACUCAGCUUGUUGAAGAAAGUGUUAGUUCCCCUGUCCACCUUACUGAUCACAGUCAGGACCUCUCUUGUGACUGAUCUUAAGGACUCCUUAGUGAAUCCAUGCUUUGUACAAAUCACAGGGCUCACCGAGGAAGACCAGCGAGAGUAUUUCAUGAGGUACUUUGGUGACCCAAGAGAAACUAAGCGAAUCUUGCAUUGGAUAAGAAAAAAUGAAGCUCUCUUUAAUGCCUGUGAUGCCCCCAUGGUGUGUGGGACUGUAUGUUCCUGUCUGAAGCAGCCCAAGGUGAGGUUCGGUCAUUUCCAGUCAAUCACCUAGACCACCCCCAGUCUGUAUGCCUCUUUUUUCUCCAACUUGUUCUCAGCAGAGGUGAGUUUGGCAGAUCAGAGCUGGCCAGGACAGUGGAGGGCCCUCUGCUCUCUGGCCAUUGAGGGGAUGUGGUCUGCGACCUUCACAUUUAGAGAAGAGGACCUCCGGUUCCAGUGCCUGGAAGUGCCUUUCAUUGAUUUGCUCCUCUGGUUCAAUAUUCUUCGAAAUGUCAGUGACUGUAAGGAUUGCGUUACCUUCAUCCACCCAAGUUUCCAGGAGUUUUUUGCAGCCAUGUCUUACGUACUUGAAGAAAUGAAAGAAUCUUCCCAUCAUUCCGAGAGGUAUCAAGAGAUGAAGACAUUACUGCAUUCGGUCUUGGUUGACAAGAACCCCUCCUGGACUCUAGUGGUUCUUUUCUUCUUUGGACUUUUAAAAAAGGACCUAGCAAGAGAAAUGGAGGACACUUUGCAUUGUAAGACAUCUUCCAGGAUAAUGGAGGAAUUAUUAAAGUGAGAAGAGUUAGAUAAGCCUGAAGGUGCCUCUGUGCAAUUUGGCGUCCUACAAUAUUUCCACUGCCUACAUGAGAGUCAGGAGGAAGACUUUGCAAAGAUGUUGGAUCAUAUCUCUGAGGCUGACCUUGAUAUUUUGGGGAACAUAGAAUUCCAAGAUUCUUUGUUUUGCCUAAAGCACUGCCAGAGGUUAAGUAAGCUAAGGCUUUCUGUCAGCAGUGACAUCAUUCAGGGAGAUGCGCAGACUCUGGAGGCAAGCACCACUGAUUCCAGGAUAAGCAAGUGGGAGGACAUUUGCUCUGUGUUUAGCACAAACAUGAAUGUGAGUGAGCUGGACCUGAGCAACAGCAAGUUCAGUGCCUCAUCUGCGAAGACUCUCUGUUGCGUGCUGAGAAGUCCAAGAUGCAAACUCCAAAAGCUGCCGUGCAAGUCAAUAACUCCCGUGCAGGUUCUGCGGAAACUUGCCGUCCUUCUUGGUAGCAAGAAGCUGACCCAUCUCAGCUUGAGCUCUAACAGGCUGGGAGUGACUGUGCCCAGGAUGGUUGUUAGAACCCCGAAACACCCAGGCUGAAACCUCAGAUAUCUAUGCCUGGAGAAAUGCAACCUGUCGGCGGCCAGCUGUCAGGAUCUGGCCUUGCUUCUCACCAGCAUCCCAAACAUAACCCGACUGUUCCUGGGAUUCAAUCGGCUCCAAGACGAUGGUGUGAAGCUGUUGUGUGCUGCCCUGACUCACCCUGGGUGUGCCUUAGAGAGACUGGAGCUUGGGUUUUGCCAGCUGGGGUCACCCGUUUGCGGGCGCUUGUCAGAUGCUGUCCUCCAGAACAAGAGUUUGCGGCACCCAAAUCUGCUCAGGAACUGCCUGGGAGGCGAGGGAGUGAAGCUUCUGUGUGAGGCCUUGGGCCAUCCAGGCUGCCAUCUGCAGAGCCUGAAUUUGUCAGGUUAUUCUUUCACGAAGGAGGGCUGUCACUACCUUGCCAGUGCCCUCAAGCAUAAUUAGAAUGUGCAAAUUUUGGAUAUUGGGAACACUGACCUUCAGGACAAUGGAGUGAAACUACUGUGUGAAGCUAUGAGAUCUUCAAAGUGUGCAUUAAACACACUUGGGUUGGAGAGAUGCAAUUUGACUCCUGCUUGCUGUCAGCAUCUCUCCUCUGUUCUCAGGAGCCGUAAGAGCCUGGUUACUCUGAACCUUCUAGCCAAUGACUUGGAUCCUGAUGGGGUCAAGACACUGUGCAAGGCCUUGAGAAAAUCAACAUGUAAACUCCAGAAAUUUGGGCAAUCCCUGCUGAUGUCUCUCCCUGGGACAGGGCUGGACUGA